AAUCUUGGAACACCUGCCUUAAUACUGCUCUUCAUACUCCAGACACUUUCCUUUUCAUCUGUCCCAAAUUUAUGCCCCAACCUAACCAAAUUAAUAAAUAUAUUCACAAAUCAGCCCCCAAUACUACCCUUAUAUAACACUUCCCACAACUUCCCUUCAAACUCACCUUUUCCCACAGCCCAAUCUUGAACAACAAAGCAACUAACAAUCUUUUCAUCUUUCAAUUAAGCUUUUUGAUCCAAACAAACAUUUCAAGGAAGAAAUGGCACAUGAGAAGAAUGAUCUGAGCCUCAAAGCAACUGAGCUUAGAUUGGGGUUGCCUGGAACAGAAGAGUGUGAUGACAAUGAAAUAGUAUCAACUGCCAAGAACAACAACAAGAGAGCCUUACCAGAAUCUGAUGAUGAAGAUGAUUGUGAAUCAAAGGCCAAUGUUUCACCUGCUGCCAAGUCACAGAUAGUGGGAUGGCCACCAGUUAGAUCUUACAGGAAAAAUAACCUGCCAGCAAAGAAGUCAUCAGAUGCAGGUGAUCAGAAUGGAAUGUUUGUAAAAGUGAGCAUGGAUGGAGCCCCUUACCUUAGAAAGAUUGACUUGAAGAUGUAUGGGUGCUACCCAGAACUCCUAUGUGCUUUGGAGAACAUGUUCAAGCUCACAAUUGGUGACUACUGUGAAAGGGAAGGCUACAAGGGCUCAGAAUAUGCCCCUGCCUAUGAAGACAAAGAUGGAGACUUGAUGCUUGUUGGAGAUGUUCCUUGGGAAAUGUUCUUGUCAUCAUGCAAGAGGCUAAGACUAAUGAGGGGAUCAGAGGCAAGAGGUUUAGGAUGUGGAGUAUGAAAUAACACAAAGCCACAACCCAAACUGAUCUGAGCCAUUAGAGCAGUAAAUUAAAACAUGUGAAGAAGACUCUCAGAGGAGAGGGAGUCUUUGAAAGCUUGGGUCCUCAGAAUUGAAGAAGCCCAGACUUGUUCUGAGAAUAUUUUUGUACCCUCUCAAACACUUUUCCCUGCACUACAACUCACAAGUGCCAGCAAAUCUAUAGUUAAAAUUGUAAUGUUUUUGUUGCUUUGCCAAAAGCACAGCAAGAAAACCAUGGAGGUUUCAUUAUCCUAUGAUAUUAUUUUUGUUUUUUUGUUGAAAUCCCAAAGUACAGAAAUAUAUAUAGAAUGUAAACUUCAGAUGUAAAUUGUAUAAAUAACUAAAAUAUAAACUUGGUAUAUCAAGAGUUUAAUUUCUUAAA